ACACACACACAUACACACACACACACCCUUAAUUACAUAGCAGUAUUAAACCCCAAUCUUCUUUCUUGAAUUUCUCCAGCAAGAAAACCCUUUGUCAUCCUUUUACAAGAACCCUCAUCUUAAAUAACCUGUCUUGUUGGUUUUCUUUGUCCCAAAUCUAAAAUGAUCUAGUAACUCUUUCUUCUCAUAAAAGAUCAAUAAUAUUUCUUCUUCACGCACGAAACAAGAUAGUUUAGUUUCUUGAAUACUUGUUCAAAAUUUUUAAAAUACCUUUGUUUGCACUUUUUUUUAGUAACUAAAUUUGGAGUGUUAAACCCUUUUUCGCAAACCGUUUAUGCCGUGUGAUAGUUGAAAUUAAUUGCCGGAGAAAAUCUUUUUUGUCGAGUUUUAACCACAUUUGUAGGUUUUAGGGUGUUUGUUGGAAUAGGUUAGAUUCUUGAGGGUUUCAUCAUAGUAGUUGAAAAGGACCUAAGCUAAAUAAGUUAGCUCAAAUAAGGGGGAAAUCUGGAAAUGGAAGGAGAAGUAGUUCAAGAUGAGAAACUUCCCCCGGGAUUUCGAUUUCACCCUACAGAUGAAGAGCUGAUCACAUAUUAUCUCAUAAACAAGAUUUCCGAUUCAAGUUUCAGUGGAAGAGCUAUUGCUGAUGUUGAUCUGAAUAAGUGCGAACCUUGGGAUCUUCCAGGGAAGGCGAAAAUGGGAGAAAAAGAAUGGUACUUCUUCAGCCUAAGAGAUCGAAAAUACCCAACUGGGGUGCGCACGAAUCGAGCUACAAACACAGGGUACUGGAAGACUACUGGAAAAGAUAAGGAAAUCUACAACAGUGUAACCACAGAAUUGGUUGGAAUGAAGAAAACUUUGGUGUUUUACAAAGGAAGAGCUCCUAGAGGGGAAAAAACAAACUGGGUCAUGCAUGAAUAUCGUAUUCAUGCAAAAUCCUCCUAUCGCACAACCAAGCAAGACGAAUGGGUAGUUUGCCGCGUGUUUCAAAAGAGUGCAGGCGGAAAGAAGUACCCAUCAAACCAUGCCAGUAGAGCUAUGAACACUUACAAUCUUGAUAUAGGCUCUACUUCUCUAACAUCCCAAAUGAUGCAACAAGCUGCGGAUCAUCAUCAUGCCGCUUUCCAGCUCCCGAUGGGGGCCGGAAGGUCCGCAUACCUAAAUCCGGCAGAGAUGCAGGAGUUCUCUAGGGUUUUCCGAGGCGGAGCCGGAGCGGCCGCCUCGAAUAAUGCCGCCAUGAACCUACAAAUGGCAUCCCAAAUGAACUAUAUUGCUGCAGCCGGGGGUGCCGGCUCCGGAGGAGGAGGGGCAGGUGGAAAUUGCUUUACUAUAUCAGGAUUAAACCUAAACCUAGGCGGAGCAGCCCCCGUGUCACAGCCGGUUUUCCGGGCCGGGCCACCACCUCCACCGGCUAUGAAUCAUCAUCAUCAUCAUGAUACAUCUUCCAUGAUGACUAAUGGUGUAAUGGGACAUGAUGGAGGCUAUGGAGAGGCAGAGAUGAACAAUAGGUUUGUGGGCAUGGAGCAUUGUGCUGAUUUGGAUAAUUACUGGACAACCACCUAUGGUUAAGGAGGGAGAUGAACAAUGGCUUUUAAAGGUUUAUUUUCAUUUAGGUUGGCCAAGACGUUUUUCAUUUGGUUUCAGUAGUAGUUUAAUUUUGAAUAAAUUUGUUGCUGGAGAUUUAAGGGGUUUUUUGUUUUUUUUGUUUUUUUUCUCUGAGGGCUAUUGAAGUUGAAAAAAGCUCGGCUUCUUGGCAGAUUUAGAUUUAGACAUUUUCAAAUUAUAAGUAGGGAUUUGAAUGGAUCAAGUACGUGUUUUGUAUCAAGUUUCAUUUGGUAUUAAAAGAGAAUUAUGGUUCAUGAACCUAAACAUAAGUUUUCUCGAAUCCCAUGCAGAUGUUUUUUUGAGGAGAGAACGAGUAUCGAAAUUUUUUUUGUGUUG